ACCUUCAGUUUUUGGUUGAGGAGUUCCAACUAAAACACACUGCUAUGACAACCAUUUCAUUACCAAAUAAUGGUGCCAACAAAACUCACCCUUAUAUUUCUUGGCUUCAUGACCCUUUUCACCACAGCAACUACACAGUCCCCAAACUAUGUAGGUGAUGACUGCCACAACUCAACAGAACAAGCCCUGACCCCUGCAUACAAAACCAACCUUGAAAAACUCCUCUCCUUGCUCUCAUCUGAUGCCACCACAAGCAAAGGGUAUAACCAUACCAGCAUAGGAACCAAUACUGCUGAUGCUGUUUAUGGCCUCUAUGACUGCAGGGGUGAUGUAACAGGAUCAUUCUGCCAGUUCUGUGUCUCCAAUGCAGCCUCAGAUGUUCUUCAGCGCUGUCCCAACAGAGCUUCUGCUGUGAUGUGGUUCAACUUCUGCAUCCUCAGGUACUCCAACCAUAAUUUCUUUGGGAACCUUACAACAAACCCAUCAUGGCAAAUUUUGGGCACCAAGAACAUUACUGACCCAACGGAGCCUCAGAAAGCAGAGGAGUAUAUGCAGAGUUUGGUUAGAGAAGCCACUGUGGAGACCAACAAGUUGUAUGCAAGGGGGGAGUUCAAUUUGAGCCACUCUGAGGAAAGGUAUGCAUUUGUGCAGUGUAGUAGGGACAUUACUAAGGAGGAGUGCAGUGAUUGUUUGGAGGAAAUGUUAGGAAAAGUUCCUAAAUGUUGUGGGACAAAGAAGGGGUGGCAGAUUUUGGCUCCAAGCUGUUUGAUAAAGUAUGACGAUUUCAUGUUCUACCAGCUUACUGAUCAAACUUUUUCUCCUUUGCCUAGUCCAGCCACACAAGGAGAUACAAGUAAGUCAAGAACCUCGAUCAUCAUAAUCAUAGUCAGUGUGUUUAUGGCACUAGCUCUACUAAGUUGUUGUAUCUACUACUCGUGGAGACGGUAUCUUUCAAGCAAAGAUGUACUGCAAUCAGCAGAGACCAUUCCUAUUUCAUUUCAUGGACAUAAUCAAAGAGAGGAGUCACUGAUUUCAGACCUUCCUAUAAUUCCUCUAAUUUGGAUUCGGCAAAGCACUAACAACUUUUCAGAGUCUUGUAAACUAGGAGAAGGUGGAUUUGGCCCUGUUUAUAAGGGUAAUUUACAAGAUGGAAUAGAAGUUGCUGUCAAAAGGCUGUCUCAAACAUCUGGUCAAGGUUUAGUGGAGUUCAAAAAUGAAGUAAUCUUUAUAGCGAAAUUGCAACACAGGAACCUUGUUAAACUCUUGGGUUGUUGCAUUGAGGAAAAUGAAAAGUUGCUUGUAUAUGAGUACAUGCCAAAUUCUAGCCUCGACUCUCACUUGUUCAAGCUGAACCAUUUAUAUGAUGUAGUAGAAACAAAGACAGGUUAUUUGACAGCCUUCGAAGUAUUGAUACUCCCACAUUUUGCAUUUUUGAAGAAAAAAUGGAAUGAUGAAAAACGAAAGCAACUAGAUUGGAAGUUACGGCUGAGCAUUAUCAAUGGAAUUGCAAAAGGACUUCUGUACCUUCAUGAAGACUCUAGACUAAGAGUAAUCCAUAGAGAUUUGAAAGCUAGCAAUGUUCUCCUGGAUCAAGAGAUGAAUCCCAAAAUUUCAGAUUUUGGAUUGGCAAGGGCCUUUGAAAAUGGACAGACUCGGGAAAAUACAAUAAGAAUUAUGGGAACUUAUGGAUACAUGUCUCCAGAGUAUGCUAUGGAAGGGUUGUAUUCAGUGAAAUCUGAUGUUUUCAGCUUUGGAGUUCUUUUACUAGAAAUCAUUUGUGGGAAAAGAAACAGUGGAUUCUAUCUUGCAGAACAUGGCCAGAGUCUACUCAUAUAUAGUUGGAGACUUUUGUGUGAAGGAAAAAGCUUAGAACUGUUAGAUCCAAUGCUAGAGAAGACAUACAUAGCUAAUGAAGUUAAGAAAAUCAUACACAUUGGUUUGUUGUGUGUACAAGAGGAUGCAGGAGAUAGACCAACCAUGUCCAUGGUUGUUGUCAUGCUGGCAAGUGACACAAUGUCACUUCCCAACCCUAAUCAUCCUGCAUUUUCAGUUGGUAGAAAGAUCAGGGAAGAAGAAUCAACAUCAAAAGCUUCUGAGGAUCCUUCUGUUAAUGAAGUAACUAUGUCAAAUAUUUGUCCUAGGUAGUGGAGUUAAUUAACAUGGUAAAACAUUUUACUACGAAAAUACCUGGAUUGUACAACUAUGUAUCAUAACAAACCGGACAGCCUCCUCUACAUGAGAGAAGCAUUUUCUUGUUUCAGGUUACAAUCCUAAAAUUGUAGAUGUAGUUUCUGUUUGUUUUUAA